AUGCCGACCUACAGCGCAUGCGGUGUCACAGCGACACUUUCCCUAGCCGACCUCGAAACCUCUGUCACCAAGACAGUCGACACAAGACCCGGCGCACUCAACAGAGAGGGGAAGCGCAUCGAGCAGGUGUUCGCUGCUGGCAAGCCGUUGCGCGAGCGUCCGAUCGGCAGCGAUGGUAGCGAGACAGGUGUGAUGCAGUUCAUUGGAGAAGAUGAAAAUCUGCCGUGCUUCGUGGUCGAGGCGAGCGAGCACAGUCGACCGAGGGUGACAAGAGACGAGACCAGGGAGUCGUCUGGUCUACCAGCAUUCGCGCCACCAAAUCUGCGCAAGGAAGGAUCCUCGAUGAAUAUGACAGACUCUCCACUGACUUCUCUGGCUGCUACGCCUUCGACUGAAGCAAGGUCCACCAUGCUAGCACCAUCUCGCCGCGGUACGCCUUCGAAGGUCGCCCCAUCACUCGCUGCGCACGGCACCGGCCGAGAGUCGUCCGAGUCCUUUGCAAGUAAUCGAAUCGAAGGUCUCCCACUUCACCAGCUCUCUACGCCUCAGGCGCUUGUCCUCGAAGUGCAAACAUGCAGGAAAUCGUUUCCACAGAAAAUCAACAGGAAGCGUGGUGAUAUGCGCUUUCCGGACAUGAAGAUCGAGCUGUUCCUUAACGGCCAGCUGGCCGACUCACACUUCAUCAACUAUCAACGUUCAGGGACCGAUCACAAGCACAAGUUUUCUGGCACGAGGAUACACAAACAAAUUGCCAAGCCGUGGAUCUAUCAAGCGCUCGGUCAGGGCGAAAGCAGUGAUCUUACAGCAGCGCAGCGGUGGGCCGGCAUCAGCGCGCUCCUGGUGGACCACGUGAAGACCAGGGGCGUCGACAAGCGGGACCAGCUUUCGCCCACCGCGCAAUACCUCUCUUCGUUGUCGAGUCUCGCUCUGCCCGAUCGAUUGAAGGACUGCGCCAAUCUGGGCGUUCUCGAUGUCAUCAUCACGACUGGCAAAGGCUCUAAACAAGGGCCUAUACACGGCUAUCUGACAAGCCCUCGUGCAAUGCUCUCCACAAAGUAUGGUGCUGGGACACUUGAAGACAUCAAUGAGCCGGAGGAUGAUCCGUUUGUGGACACACAGCUGCCAGAUCACUCCACCACUGCCACGACGGUUUCGAGCUCUGAAAACAUGUCCGCACCAGUCUCCUUCAAUGCUUUACCAACAGCCAGUCAAGUCGCCGACACGUCUGAGUUGUCGAGCGAGCAUCUCGCCCAAAUCCCGCCAUCCACUUCGCCUGCCAUACCAUUGGCACGGCGAACCCGCAGUGCCGUCGUUGAAGAUAACACUGUACCACCUGUUCAGGAGCCCGUCGACGAAUCACUCCAAGUCGCAGAUGCACAGCCCAAGUCGAAGAUCCAGAUAUUCGCCGACAAGCUCGGCAUUCCGCCAGACAAGAUGUCCCUGGCGAGGCAGUGGCACAGCAAGCGUGGAAAACCAUCCAUGUGCAAGACCAUCACCGAGCGGUUGAAUGAUAUUCGCAAGAUGAGCGUGGAGAAUCAGGAAGUCGCCAUUGCUGAGGUCUUGGAAGCAAUCAGCAGCAGUGAUGCACCAGCGUCUCCUGUCAAGGCUGAGCCUCCUCGUAAGAGGGCUAGGAAGGACAGCAGGGUCCAUCAAGAUGAACAUGUCUCCAUGCAGGACGUUGAGGACGAUCCAAUCGCUAUGGAGGCCCAGCAGCGGAUGCACAUGUUGAUUGAUCAAGGUGCGACGCCAGAUGGACGUCUUGCAAGUCGAGUCUCUUCCCUCUCAGCGCAUCGCCAGCCUACGAAGAAGACUGCUUUGUCUCCGCCCGUGAUGGCGCCGCCGCCAGUGUUAGGCAAGCUGGUGCCACAGGACUCUGGGCCGAGCCUUGAGAAGAAGAAGCCAAGCGACUGCGAUACUGAAGCACUGGGACGGACUCCGAGCAUCUUAGCUACGCCACAGAAAGAGGAGCAAAGCCAAUUAUCUGAAGGUAACCCAGCUCAGGACGAAGCGACAAUGACGCCUCUCGAGCAAGAAUCGCUGCUCGGCGAGACUCCACAGCCCACGAGUAUCAGCCCUAAGAGAAAGUCAAAGGCUAGAAGCCGCGCGGCCUCUACGCCCGCUCCGAAACCCUCGCCCGACGAAGGCACAGGCGAAGAAGCUCUCGCUGCCUUUCAGCCGCCCGAGCUGUGUCGGGGCAGCGUGCUUACCUAUGCUGGACCGGGCAUGCAGCGCCAGACCACCAAGUCGAGGCCAGGUAUAUUCGACGAGGAUGAGCUUGUGGUGGGGAUGAGGUUUGUUGUGGUUUGA